CAUGACAGACAAUUAAGCAUGGGGAGAUUUAUCAUCUGAUGAAGAAAAUGAGAAGCCUUAGGUUGAUUCUAGAACCUAAAAUUAAUAGGGAGCCUAUAAAUAGAGAAACAAUUAAUCACAAUAAGGCACAUCUGGAAGAUAAUAAAAAUAAAGGCAAGAAUAAACAUAGGGGUAAGUAGAUCAGAAUUAAGAAGGUGAUGAACAUGAUAAUAAUAUUAAUAAUCCUGAUUAAUCUAAUUAAUAGGGGAAUUAUAAUUAAAGAAAUAAUCAAUAUAAAAAAAAUAAUAGAGAUUACAAAGAUAAGAGAAAUAGAGGAGAUGGUAAUUAUAGAGGUGAGGGCAAUUAUAGAGGAAAUAGAGAAAAUUAAAAGAAUUUUAAAAAUAGAGAUUAUAAUAAAGAUGAUAGAUAAGAUAGAAAUGAUAGACAAGAUAGAAAUGAUAGAUAAGAUAGAAAUGAAAGAAGGUAAUAUUAAGAAAGGGAUAAUGCUGGUAUAUAUUUUAAAUAUCUACUUAGGUUUUAUCUAGUAAAAGAAGGAAUAAUUAAAUAAUUAUAAUGGAGAUGGCAUUAAUAUAUUAAUUCAUUUUAAAUUAAAUGAAAUUUAAUUAAAAGAAACAUUAAAAGAAAUUGAAAUUAAAAACUUUAUUGUAACAGAGGAUUAAACUAGAUUUGAUGUAGAUAAAGAGAAUGCCCUUAAACUAUUAGAAGUUUAUAAAUUAUAAAUUGUAUUACAUAUGUUAUUUAAAUAAUUCUUAGGAAUUAGAUGGGAGAAUCCAAAAACUAUAUAUGAGAAUAGGUUCAGAUCAUGAAAAAAAUAAUUAUGGCAAUAGAGGAGGAUAUUAGAAAAAUAAUUAUUAAUAAAGAUAAUAAAAUAAUGAUAAUUAAAAUGAUUUUGUAAAUAGAAACAGAGAUGAAAAAUUCUAAAAUAAAAGAAACAAUUUUGAACCUCCUAAAAUUAUCAGAAACACAUCCUCAAGAGUUGAUGAUAAUGUAAUAUAAUAUUUAUCUUAUUAAUAGUUAUAAUAAACUGAUUAACAAUAAUAGGCUUAAACUGAUGUUUAAUAAAACAAAGGAGAUCAUUAACAAUAAGAAAAUGAAAAUCAAGAGAAAAGAGUUGAUAAGGUAGUUGGUUAAGAGGAAAACAAUUAAUAAAAUAUUACAUAAGAAUAAAAUCAACCAAGAAAUAAUUAAAAAGGCUAUGAUAAUUAAAAUAGAGCCUACAAAUAAAAUUAUAAGCAAUACAAUAAAAAUAAUAACUUUGAUAGAGAAUAGAAUAAUCAAAAUUAAGAUCAAGAUGGAUAAAAUAAGGAUAAUUAAAAUUAAUUUAGGAAUAACAAUAAUAAUAAUUAUAAUAAUAAAUAUAGAGGAAAUAGAGAUAGAUAAUAAAAUAGAAAUUAAAAUGAUAAUAAUGAUUAGGAUGACUAAAAUAAUUAGGAAGAUAGAGAUAAUUAAAAAGGAGGUCAAAGAAAUUAUUAAAAUAAUAGAGGAAAUUACAGAAACAAUUACAAUAGAAAUAAUAGAGGAAAUGAUAGAGAUAAUGAAAUUGAUAAUGAUAAAUAAAAUUUUAAUAGGAAUACUAAUGAUGGUAAUAAUAAUAGAAAUUAUUAUUAUAAUAAUGAUCAAGAUAAUAAUAGAAACUAUAAUAAAGAUCAUUACAAAUAAAAGAAUUACAAUAAUAGAGAUAAUUAAGGAUAUGAAAACAAAUAAUAAGGAGAUGAAGAUAAUUAAAGAAAAUAGAAUUACAGAGGAAAUUAACAAGUAAUAAUCAUAAUUUAACAAUAGAAUGAAAUUAAAGAGUUUGCUUUCAGUUCACAUUAUGAUAAGUAAAAGAAAGAAUCUUAGAAAGUAGCUAUUAAAUCCAACAAUAUGUUCGACGUAUUAAAGUGAGUG